GGGCAACUCAGAAAAAAUGGCAGCCGCUUGCAACGUUGUCCAAGAAACAGAAGAAUCUGGUGAAGUUAAUGCGGAGUUAAUAGAAGCACACAUUGUUGCCCAGGCAAUCACAGAAUUGCAGGAAAUACAGGCACCAGCUACACAGAGUGUGAGUGCAGGAGCAGAGGAUGUUGUGUUGACAAGUGAAGUACAAACAGAAGGUGAAAUCCAGAGUGUUCCAGGACAAACACAUGUUAUUUAUUACAUUGAGGAUGGAGCUAUUGCAAGGACAGAAGACCGUACCUUGGUCGACUCGUCUGUACAAGCCAAUGACUAUGAAAUUGAAAGAAGAUCUGGCAAACUGCCAGCAAGAAAGAGAGUUAUACCAGUCAAGUUCAGGGAUUACAAGAAUAAUUCUAAUGAUGAAGACAGUGACUCGGAUUAUGAUCCUCAUGAAUACUUGAGUUCACGGGCGGUUAAAAAGCCAAGGAUCACAAGACCAGAGACUUCUGUUUCAUCAGAAAGAAGUAUAAAGACUAAAGUUGAUGGGAUAAGGAGAGUGGGACGUCCAAGGAAAAACUUUUUUCCAUCUCAUACAGAAAGUCCACUAUUUCAUGAUGAGGUUAUUUCAAAUGAAGUGGAGAAAAUGUACCAACAAGCUCUCCAGUUGACUCAGAAUGAAUUGUCAGCAAACCAUGCUGUUGCACAAGUAGAAAAUGGAGAUACUUCAGAACUUGGGAGCAGUGAAGACAACAGAGAAAAUGUUACAAAUAGUGAAACUACACAUGAUAAUAUGGAUGAAGAUGGGACACAAGUUGAGCAUAUAAAAAUGGAACCAGGCAGUGAGGAAGGACAGUCUACGAAUACUGGACAAAGCCACAGAAUGACAACAAGGGGAAAGAGAGUACCAGUCUAUGAUGGGGACUUAUUAGAGGGAGGUAAUCAAGGUGUUUUAUUAGGACGUGGACGUGGCCGACCUCGUAUGUCUCAACUUCCUUUCUACAAAUGUGCAGAGUGUGGCAAAACAUUCAAACAAAAAGGAAAUUUAAAGACACAUAUACGUUUACAUAUAGCAGGGACUCCCUACCAUUGUCCUGAAGAGGGUUGUGAUAAGUCAUACAGGUCUAAUGAAAGUUUGAGACGCCAUCUUCUCACACAUCAAGGGAUCAAACCAUUUCAGUGUGAUAUAUGUGAGCAGAGGUUUUCCAGCAAUGUUGCUCUGACUGAGCACCGCUCACGCCACCUUGAUGAGCGACCAUAUCAGUGUCCACAUUGCCAGAAGUGUUUCCGUCAGAUUUCAUGUUUCAGACGGCAUGUUGUGAUUCACACUGGUGACCUGCCAUACAGUUGUACAAUCUGCCAGAAGAGAUUUGCUCAGACAGCAUACCUCAAAUCUCACAUGAAAGUCCAUACAGGAGAGAAACCCUUCCAGUGUACAGUGUGUUUUAAAAGGUUUGCUCACCAGUCAGAUGUGAAGAGACAUAGUACCACUCAUACAGGUGAGAAGCGCUACUCAUGCAGUAAGUGUCAGGCUAAGUUCAGUGAUGUUUCUAGUAAAAAUCGGCAUGAGAGAGAACAUGAAAACAAUAAGAGAUAUACAUGUACCUUGUGUAAUGACACAUUUAAACGUCCAGGCCAGUUACGGUCUCAUCUUACUAAAAAACAUUCUCUUGCUUUUGCUAUGACAAUUGAGAAAGACCCUGGUAGUGGAGUGUUUUCUUUCAAAAGCGUUAAAGUCGGAGAUGACUCGGAGUCCAAUUCUAACAAUUUGUCACAACAGAGAAUUGUUACACUUAUCAAAAAUCUUCAUUCUAAAGCCAUACCAAAUGAAGGGAUUAUUGAAAAUGCACAGUUAAAUGUACCCGAAAUAGUUAAUCAGCCAGCUGAGAUUGCUAUAUCUGCAGACAAUAUAACAGACAUUAGUCAGUUAGAGAAGGAGGUCGAUGCCAGUAUAAUAGAAGGGGAUAUACAAGUUCCAAUUGAACUUCAGGGUGUUGAGAUUCAAGGAGAUGGUAAUGGACAGACGUUUAUAGCUAUCACUGACUUGGCAGAGUCUCUCAGUGCUGAGGACAAGGACAUGGUUGGCGAACAGAUGAGAUACAGAGUGAUGUAUGAAAUAGAUGAGAAUGGUGAACAAAAACAAAUACUGGUUCCCUUUAAUCCACUGGAGGAGGAGGAGAACAUACAACUAGAAUAUAGCACUGAAUCCACGGUUCCAAGCUGUGUUUCUGAAGUGACUGCUGCAACAGAAACAAUUAUAGAAACAGUUAAUUCAAUCCCAGAAACCCCUGUACAAGAUGGCAACAGUGAUGAUCCAGUGAUUCACACCGAGAUAUUUACAGAAAAUGACCUUGAACAAAAGGUUAAUGAAAUAGAAAGAACUGAAGAUACAGAGGUUGAAACAAAUGGAGAUGAGGAUUCCAAACAAGAUGUACCAGUGUCAGUAGCUAGUGGCAUAGAUUAUGUUAAUAGUCCAGAUUUUUCUAAGCAGGAGUACUAUAAUUGGUUGACUAAUUUCACUGAGUUUUGUAAAGUAGUCCCUAUGCCACUAGAUGUAUCACUGUUUCAGAAAAUUUCUCAGGUACAUAAAACUCUUUCUGAUGUAAUGGCAACUCCUUGUGGGGUUGUUGCGGAUAAAGAAAAUUUCCGAGUAUUAAUGAAUAUAUCUAAAGAAUUAAGUACAAUCAUAAAUGAGCAUUUAGUGUAUGUACUUGAUAACUUGAAUAGUGGGGAAAAACAAAUUGUAGCAGAAAAUGAAUAGAUUAAGCAAUAUUGCAUGCAUCUAAAACUGAAGGUUACAGUAGAACUGAAAUAUACCAUGCGUUGUGACUUUUGUCGUAACGUUUUUUUAGCUCAACUAUUCAUAGAAUAGUAGAGCUAUUGGACUCGCCCAUGCGUUGGUGUCCGCGUCGGAUUCGGCGUUCGUGUCCCGAUUUGGUUAAGUUUUUGUAUGUAAGCUGGUAUCUCAGCAACCACUUGUGGGAAUGGAUUGAAACUUCACACACUUAUUCACUGUGAUAAACUGACUUACAUUGCACAGGUUCCAUAACUCUAUUUUGCUUUUUUUUUUUUUUUUACAAAAUUAUGCCCCUUUUUUGACUUAGAGAUUUUUGGUUAAGGUUUUGUAUGUAAGCUGGUAUCUCAGUAACCACUUGUGGGAAUGGAUUGAAACUUCACACACUUAUUCACUGUGAUAAACUGACUUACAUUGCACAGGUUCCAUAACUCUAUUUUGCUUUUUUUUUUUUUUUACAAAAUUAUGCCCCUUUUUUGACUUAGAAAUUUUUGGUUAAGGUUUUGUAUGUAAGCUAGUAUCUCAGUAACCACUUGUGGGAAUGGAUUGAAACUUCACACACUUAUUCACUGUGAUAAACUGACUUACAUUGCACAGGUUCCAUAACUCAGUUUUGCUUUUUACAAAAUUAUGCCCCUUUUUUGACUUAGAAAUUUUUGGUCAAGGUUUUGUAUGUAAGCUGGUAUCUCAGUAUCCACUAAUUGGAAAGGAUUGAAACUUCACACACUUGUUCACUGUCAUGAUAUGACAUGCAGUGCAAAGGGUCAAUAACUCAACUUCGCAUUUUACAAAAUUAUGCACCUUUUUAAACUUUUGGGUUUUGGGUUAAAUUCUUAUAUGUAAGCUGGUAUCUCAGUACCCUCCAGUGGGAAUGGAUUGAAACUUCACACACUUGUUCACUGUCAUGAGCUGAUAAGCACUAUGCAGGUUCCAUAACCCUAUUUUGCUUUUUUUAAAUUAUGCCCCUUUUUCGACUCGUAUUCAUUCAAUCGACAAGGCUGUUGAAUAGUCAAGCGUUGCUGUCCUCCGACAGCUCUUGUUUUUGAUAAUACUCAUUUGAGAGAUUUUGAGCAUUUAACAAAUACGUUUUAAUACAUUCAAUUUAUUAUAAGUUCCGCUUAAUAACCAGUCUGCAGUCUGAAAAUUCAACUGUUGUGUUAAUAAUUUUUUUUAAAGAGCCAAACAUUUUUGUAGUAUUUCAGUUCUUACAUUACAAACGAUGCAGUUUGUCUGCUAUUUCAUUGUAUACCAUCCUGCCUAAAUGUGCUUUUUUAACUCCCUGAAAUGUGCAUGCAAUAUUUCUUGUUUUGCAAAUCGUGCAUGCCAACUAAGAAGCAGGUAUAAUAAAUGGAGCAGGUCAGCCAGUUAGUGGUGAUAAACUGUCAAACCUAAUUUGACGACACAUUACAUGAAAUGGAUGAUGAUACCUGGUAUCAGAGUGUCUGAAAUAAUCAUAAUUUGAUUUAUUUAUUUAUGUGCAAUUAUUUAUUUUACAUAAUGAGAAACAGUGGUACCAAACAGUUUUAUCAGCAAAUGUACAGAUUAAUAAAUAUGCAGCUAAUGGUAAUUGUGAUAGCUAUGUAUUAAAACUGUCUUAAGAGAAUUCUAAUCUAAAUAUUUAGAAACAAACCUUUAAUAAUGUUUAACAGCAUGUUUUGAAACAGUUAUUUUACAGUAGUAAGAUUUUUGUUACUAAAUAAAAUCCUGUACACAUUAACUCAACUACUAAUUUCUUUGAGAAAACCUUCGGUAUACCACCUGCCUUUCUUCAAGGAUGGAUAUAACUCUAGGUAGGGUCUCUGUAAUAAGACAUUUUUUUCCAAGUCACCUAAGAUGUCUCAACUGCAAAACUUUGCUGUACUAGUAACUCCUGACCAGAUGUUUCAUUUCUCAUGCUAAUUGCAGAGUUGAUUAUAAUUUAGCAGUAAGUCAUGUGUUAUUGCAAAUUGCAUGCAUGCACCUUUUGUCAUAAGAACAACUUGUUGUUUUCAUUUGGCUGAAAAGAAAUUCUGCAAACCUGAAAAAUGUCAAAACAUUCAGGGCCCUCCGUAUAUUAUUUUGGAAAUGGGACCAGAAGCCUGUGUGGGAGGGUGUGAAGGUGAAGGGUAGAAAGAUGGAAUGGGGCUGAAUUUCUGCAUCCAAAGUGGACAAAUGAGGGCAUUUACAUGCAUCAAAAUUCAAAAUCUGAUAUCCUUGAUACAAAGCUGUUGGACUGAGACUCAGAGUUAAUUAUUUAUGAAAGACAGUCUCAUAGGAGAUUUUCACCGUGUACAGCACCAGUACAUGCUUUUGUCAUUUUCACUGAAACAAUCUGUUGCGAAACAAAAGUAAUUUCAUUCACAACUGGCAAGUACAUUUUGUGAUCAGCCUGCCUGCUUAGCUCAGUAGGGAGAGCGUUGGUCUAAGGAUCGCGGGGUCGUGAGUUCAAUCCCUGGGCGGGGCGUAUGUUCUCCGUGACGAUUUGAUGAAAGACAUUGUGUCUGAAAUCAUUCGUCCUCCACCUCUGAUAAUUCAUGUGGGGAAGUUAGCAGUUACUUGCGGAGAACAGGUUUGUACUGGUACAGAAUCCAGGAACACUGGUUAGGUUAACUGCCUGCUGUUACAUGACUAAAAUACUGUUGAAAAACGGCGUUAAACCCAAAACAAACAAACUAAAACAUUUUGUGAUCACCCUGUGUCCAUCUUGGUCCGUCUUGUGUCAUCAACAGGACUUUUAAGUCUAGAGGUCACAGUUUUAGCCAAAUCUUAAUGAAACUUGGUAUGAAUAUUACGCUUAAUAAAUUCUUGGGUGAAUUUGUUACAAGGUCAUCUGGGCUGAAAAACUAGAUCACCAGGCAGUAAAUAGGAAAACUUUGUUAACACGCUAUAGGCCACAUUUUCUACCUCACAGUUACGAAACUUUGUCAGAAUGUAUAUCCCUGUGAAAUCUUUGACAAGUUUAAAAACUGGGUUACCUGAGAUCAAAAAAAAAGGUCCCUAGAUUAAAUCACAGAAAAACUUUGAUAACACUCUAGGAAGAGGGAGAAGAUAAAAUAUUACUCUUUUAGAAAGAUAUUAGUAUGGAUGUUUUUCUCACUGCCUCUUAGAUAUGAGCUAGCAUAUUUUAAUUUAUUAGGCAUAUCUGUUGUGAAAAUUGUAGAAUGUAAGUAUCUUCACCUUGUUGUGUAGCAGAAAAUUCCAUGCUUUAUGAAAUGAGAAGACUAAUCAUUGUGUGAAGAUUUAUGUUUCUGGACUACGUGUGUGUUAUACCAGUUGUUCUGCAAUAAACAGGCAACAAUUGUUAA